AUGAGCAAUACUAACGAUAGUACCACUCCCAAGAGUAACGAUAACACCGUCCCCAAGAAUAAUGAUAGCAUCAUCCCCAAGAGCAAUGACAAUAACACCUUCCAAACUAUGGAUAUUUCUUUCAAUGUCUCUAGAAUCAUCACUCAAACACCAUCUAAUCCAAGAUCUAGCAAAAGGACACCUAAUCCCAGUCGUCAACACAGAAAUAAAAGAGACAGCUUUAAUGAUCUGGAUUAUGAUCCGGAAGAAAAAAUUUUUAAAGAAAAUCCCUUUCAUUUCGUUACUCCAGAAUAUGCACAAAAAUGUAUAGAUAAUGAUUAA